UGAGUUGCUUGCAGUCAUUUUUGGUUGCGAUCUGAGUGUCAUGGCUGCUGUCCUGCCAGUUUACGUUUUGCGUCUCAUUUGAGGCGUGGAUUCGGCCUGUAUUCGCAGCUGGACAGAAUGAGCGAGGACAAAGAGGAGGAUUUGGAGCCGUUGAAGUACUUGGAGCACCAGUGCGCGGCCCAGAUCGAGGCGCAGCCCGACCUGGAGGCCCAGCUGGGCAUCGACCGUGAGGCUGCCACCCAGCGCCUUUGGGCUGGAUUCCACAACUCUGCGGCAGCGAUUGCCCACCUUUACCGAGAGCGGUGCCAUGGCGCGGAACUUUGGCUGCCCUUUCAGACGGCCGCAGGCACUGUCACGGCCCUCUACAAAGACUCGAACGACAGUAUCCGUCGGGUGUGUGAUAUGGGCUUGCAGGCCGGCUACCAGAAGCGCAACAAGGAGGUCCUGAGCUGGGCCCGUCGCCGCCGCCACCUCAUCCGCAGGGAAGAACUGAUAGCCUACUUGGCUGGCCGCUCCCUGCCCCCUCGUCCCCACAGAUCGUCCCCCAAGCCCAAAAUACUGCACGAAGGCCCGCCAGUGACCAACCCGCUCGAGGACAACCUCAACACCUUCAGAGAGGCGUUGGCUCUCUCAGGAGCCACUCGUCGCCGCUCGUCUCCCACCCAGAGUCUGCAUGAGCUCAACUCGUUCAUCAGCAGUGAAUUUGCACGGCACUGCAAGCGGCCGGCUGCCACAAGUCCCUCGCACGACGUCAACAUGGACUCGCCAACGCACAAGCGGAGCCGUCUCAUGUGAACUGAUUGCCUACUUGGUUGUCUGAUUGAGUGACUGAUUGGGUUGGUUGAGUUAGCAAUACCAAAUGACUGUUUCCGAUUUUUGCGGUGGCACUUUGCGUGGGUGCCACGUUUUGAAUUUGUUUUUGCCCUCAUCAGCUACUGCCUCCUUGUUUUGUAAUCAAACGCGAUUCUUGCUUGGUCAUUGAGUUGAUGAAAAAAUAUAUAUAUAUUUAGUUACGAUCGAUCACCUAUUGAUUGUGUAAAUUAAGCAUUUAAAUUUAAAUGAUCACUAUUUUUCUCUCAAACGAUAGGUGAGCAUUAAAUUAGUGCCGAACUUGUUUUUGUCGCUGAAAAUUUGAUCAGAAUCAAAAUUUUGAUGUUUCCCAUUGGAGCACAUUGUACAUAAUAGUUUUGUAAUGGCCAAGUGUGUUUUGUAACUUAAGCUGCAACACAUUGAUUCUGUAGGACACCAAAACGUGACCGUCGAGCAUAAUUUGCUCGAAAUCUGCCUCAACGUGGCUUUCUUUCUAAUCAUUACACCUUUUUUUCUAACAACAAGCUUCAAAAAAGCGAAGCAAGACAUGAUAUAAAAAUUUCACACUUAAUUUGCCUUUCUCUCUUUAUCAUUACAUUCGGAUGAAUGCGAAUUAUAAUAUAAUUUGAUAAAUAAGCUAAAAACACCGAGUUGAAAGAAGCAUCAAAUUAUCAAUUUUGUUAAAAGAAAUAUCAUAGAGCUUAAGAAAAUUAUUUCCUAGGAAGUGCGAUUGCAUUAAAAAUAAAGAGUAUGAAUUUAUUAGUUGCUUAUUAUUUUCCAGACAGCCUCCAUGUGUUGGCUAAUGUAUUAAAAAGACCCUUGAUUUGUAAAAGUA